AGACCGGGUCCAAAGCUAUCGUUUCCGCCGCGGACCAGUCAGUGGUACACGAGCGGAUAUCGGUGAAGUAGAGUGCCAGCUAAAGGGCAAGGAAACUCUGGAACGGGGGGUGUCGCUGGUGAGAGAGAGACAGACAGAGAGACGCGGAAGAGAAAGAGCAUCCGUUCGCGAGAAGAAGCUAUCUAUUCCGAAGACGAGCAGCGGGGCUGAGCGAGGGCAAACAUGUCGGAGGAGGAGCCGUUGAAGGUGAUUCUCCUGGGGAAUAGCGGCGUCGGGAAGAGCAACCUGAUCGCGCGGUUUCACAACAACGACUUCUCCGAAGACUUCGAGAGCACGGUCGGGGUGGAGUUCGUGACGAAGAGGAUCACCGUCGAUGGCGUUCCCGUCAAGCUCCAGAUCUGGGAUACCGCGGGCCAGGAGCGAUACGCGAGCAUGAUGAAGACGUACUACCGAAAGGCGAAGGGUUCGCUGUUGGUCUAUGACGUCACGAACAGAUCUUCCUUCGUGGGACUCGAGGCCUGGCGCAAGCACCUCGAAGCCAACGCGGACCCAAGGUGCGUGUCCAUCGUGGCGGGUAACAAGUCGGACGUGAGCGACCAACUGGUCAGUCCGAAGGACGGGGAAGCCUACGCUAGACAGCGGGGCAUGGCGUUCAUAUCCACUUCGGCCAAGACGGGGGACAACGUAGAGGAGGCUUUCGUGACGCUCGCAAGAAACAUCCUGCGGGCGGGGCAAGGACGGCCCUCGACGGGGCAGGCAACUUCCCACAGACUGCACGGCAAGCCUCAUCCUCAAGGGUCGCAGGACUGUUGUUGACUUGGUAUUUCCGUAGUUCAUGUCUGGCCAUGCUGUUGUAGACAUCUAGGUACAUGUCCACCCCGGAUGCAACAGUCCGACGCUCCUACGCUUCCCGGCCUCCCUUCGGAGUCACGGCGAUUGCUGACUUACGGGUUUGGCGGUGCUACCGAGGACAACAUGGACGAGUGCCGCCCCCACCCCCACCCCCCGACGAAAAAUGAGAGGGCGCGGGGCCCCCGUGUUUGACUGGAGCGCGGGGGUGCACGGCUGUGCUGGCUGUGUGCUGGCUGGCGUUCACUCAUUCGCUUGAUGUUGCAGGUGGCUUGUUGCACGUGGAUGUUCGUGAAUAUUUAUUUCCGCUGGGUCAUUUACGAUGAGGAGUUAGGCAAGUCUAGGUAUCUGGCGUCGAGGUAGGACGAAUAUUUCGUAAGACGAAAUUGAUUUUUUUUUCGGCGGGCAUCGGCUGUUGCUCAACCCUCCCCCCCGUCCACACUCUUCUCCCCCCUUACUAGUUACGUGUUUUCGUUUUUUGUCGUUAUUUUGUCGAGAGGAUAAAAUGCUCUUGUUUGAAGUAAAUGUUGAGGAGUAUCCCACGGGUCAGAAGGCAGAACUCGACACAGAUCAGGCGUAGGAUGACUUGACUCGAUUGGUUACAUUUUUCAGUCUUGUCGACCAUACCUGUCCCCGACCCGCGGUAAUUCUGAAAAAUCGGUUGAGAAGCAGGACUGCCAUGGAUCAGAGUCAUUCCAUCCGUCCCGUGCGGAAGCACACGGAUAAGAUCGUUUUUCCCGGCGUUCUUUGUCCUCGGUCGUCCAACAACUGCGUAGUCUGUCAUGUCUGUUGUUUUCCUGUAGUGAUGAGUCCAGACACAGGUUAUAGCUUUGCAUGUGGAGUCCUCGCCUCAGCACAGCAGCAGUGGUGGCGGAUAUGCAGCUCGUAGGGUAGAUCAACACAUCGUUCUUCGCCGCCUCUUGACCGGACCAAAGUUAUGUUGCUUUCGGUGAUGGUUUCACGGGGAACGGGCGCAUUGCGUGAGGUAGGUGUGUAGGUCGUUUGCGUGGUAUGUUUUUGUGAAGACGUCACACCUCAACUGCCGUACACAAAGAAAUAGAAGACGUACAUGCAGCCCUUUCAUAGGCAAACCCGUUGGCUCCCUACGAGCUUUGAUCUGCGCAACUGGGUAGAGUUAUUAUGAAGUCAGUUGCCCUCGACAGCAUGCAGAAGUGAAAUAACAAGAAACGCAAAUGCACUCAGACAAGAUGCU